UAAGUACCCAAGUUGCCUUUCAUUAUUUGGCGAAUCGAUAAAUAAUUAUUGAUUUUUGCAAAGGCAGUUAUUCAGGAAAAUAGACGUCAAAAUUAAGAAUUGUUAGAUUAAAGAAUCGAAGGAUUAAGUAUUAUUUUUAAGAAAAGCUUCAGAUUCUAAGAAAAAAAAUUACAUCUUUAUUAGAUUCACUUGUUUCGUGUGAAAGUAAAUCUCGCUUCGAUCUUUCGCGUUCCGUAAUGGCAGAAUCACAAAAUCGGCAGAUUCUUCAGGAUCUUCAGCAAAAAAGACAGAUGCUUUUGAAUCAAGGGCAAGGUGGAAUGGGGACAAAUCUGCCCACAAACCGCUCAAUAGGACCAGAUGCUUCUACCGUUCCAGUUGUAAAACUGCAUGACACCCCAGUCAUCCGAAACCCAGCUGACAUGUCAUUGGGUCAGCGACAGGCUCUUGAGCAUGCAAAUUCAACGUCAUCUGGAUAUUUCAUAUCUCAAGACUCCGCCCAUGGGAACCUCAUCUUGCCUGUUCUACCAAGAUUUGAGAGUGACCAGUAAUGAGAACAUAAAACUAGAGCAAAAUACUUUGGACUCAGUUCAUAUUUAGUCUUCCAUGACUAACUGUCAAAAUGAAAAAUAGACACCAUGGUCUUUGUUGAAAAAUAGUCAGCAUAGUAAAAUUAUAUUUUUUAUUCCUGCAACACUCUCCCUGCAUUUGUGAUCCCAUUUUAAUCCCAACUGUUCCUUUCUUCAUACCCUUUCACCCUAACAUCAGUAUGCAAGUUCUCCAUAUUGUUUCCCAAAAAGGAGAAUUUGUGUGACAAUCAAGAGCUCC